AUGUCUCCUCCGCCGCUGUUUGCUUGGAAUUCAAUCAUCAGGGCCUUUGCAAAGAGCCCAGCUCCGAUUGAAUCGGUCAACUUUUUCUUUGAGCUGCGUAGAAUUGGGCUUAAACCCGACUACUUUACUUACCCUUUUGUUGUGAAAGCCUGUGGUCGAUGUAAGAUGGUUGGAGUUGGUGGGUGGGUGCAUUGUUUGAUUGUGAAAGGUGGUUUUGAUUCGGAUCGGUAUAUAGGGAAUGCCCUUUUCAGAAUGUAUGCUGAUUGCGGCGCGGUUGGGAUUGCGAGGAAGGUGUUUGAUGAAAUGCCUGUGAGAGAUGUGGUUUCUUGGAGCUCUUUGAUCGCCGGAUAUGUUGCUUGCGACUACCCAUUGGAAGCCUUAAGGGUGUUUCGAGAAAUGAAGCUAGCCAAUGAAAAACCAAAUUCAGUCACUUUGGUAAGCUUGCUUUCUGCCUGUACCUGUGUACACAAUAUUAGCACAGGGAAGUCAAUUCAUUGCUACAUUAUCGUCCAUCCCAUAGAGAUAGAUGUUGCGUUGGGAACUGCUCUGAUUGAGAUGUAUUCCAAGUGUGGGCAUGUUGAGAAAGCCUUCCAUAUCUUCAAUUCAAUGAGUGAAAAGAAUUUGCAGUCUUGGACUAUUAUGAUUUGUGGUCUUGCCGAUCAUGGUCGUGGAAACGAUGCCAUCUUGUUGUUUGCUCGCAUGGAACAAGCUGGAUUGGUACCAGACAGCAUGGCAUUUUCUGCUAUCUUGUCAGCCUGUAGCCACUUGGGCCUCCUUAAUGAGGGUCGACAAUUUUUCAAUCAGAUGGUGAGAACAUAUAAUAUUGAACCAACAAUGGAACAUUAUGGAUGCUUAGUAGAUUUGCUUGGAAGAGCUGGUCUGAUUGAAGAGGCUUAUGAGGUUAUCAAAAAUAUGCCAAUGGAGCCUAAUUCAGUUAUACUGCGGAGUUUCUUGGGUGCCUGUAGGAACCACAAUGUAGUUUUUCCUUUAGAUGAUAAGUUCAGGAAAGUCCUUAAAUCGGAGUCUCACCUUGGAGCAAACUAUGUACUUGCAGCUAAUGUAUCUUCUGUCUCUGGUUGUUGGAGUGAUGCUGCUGAUCUGCGACUAUCCAUGAAACAGAAGGGUGUGGUAAAGGUUCCUGGGUGCAGUUGGGUGGAGGUGGGUGGUAGUUCAUCUGGAGAUAUUUUAAAAGAGACUGUAAGUUAGUUACGUUUUAAAGAGAAGGGAUGAACAAGAAGACAGCCAAGAUUGACAAAUGAGUGUAGAAGAAAGCUGGAUAGGGAUUACUGUUCAAAAAGGUAACAAAUUGUGAAACUGAGAGGGCAUCUAAAUUUGGCAUUGGAAGGUCAGAAGUUCAACGAGUAAGCUGAAAGGAUUUGGUGCUGUAUCAUUGCUUUUUUGAACGAUGUAUGGAAAGAGCCUGGAAUAUGUGAGCUUCAGGUUUGACAUGUUAACUAAUUUUUCACCAGAUGCCCAUGUAAAUUUCAGUUAGGAGUACAUAUCUACGAGAUCUUUUAGCAAAUGAUUAAGGACGCAGGGCCUGACGAGUGCAAGAAAUGAGAUUUGGAAAUCCAGAAAUUUGUUUCCUGUCUUCCAAGUAACCAUAAAUUUUGCUUCUAGUUGAUUAAGCCCUCCAGAUUCUAAACGCUCAAUUACUGGCAAAGCUAGUUAGAAGUAAUGGAAGGUCACACUAAUCUUAUUGCAAAAAAUUACUGACUGAUUCUUCAUCAACAAGUGGCCUGUAUGUCUCCUGGUCAGCAUCAUGGACAACAGUCCUAAUGGCUCUCUGGAACUCGUUCCAGGAAUUGUAGGCUAUUUUGUACUACUAUGAAUACCCUGACAGCAUCCAAGCUUCUGCAACAUUUGCUGAUUUAUUACCAUGAGGUAAUUUCAAGUUUCAAGCAUGUGAAGCAUCCCACUGGCUCCCCACCGAGAGUUUCUUGACACUGACACUAUUAUGCAAUACCAUAUGAAUAUAUCGCUUCAGCAUUCAGGGAGGGUUAAAUUCAUGAGUCUUCUGGUUAUGUUGUUUACGAUGCUGUAAUGGCCACUAUGUCCGAGCUGCUGCAACGUUUGCUGGUGAUUUCGCCUUUGCUUUUAGUGAUUGUGGUUCAUUGGCUCUCCACAGGAAGCCAGGUCAACAUUGGGAUUCCGGGGUCUGAGCCGGGAGCUAUCCACAGAGCUGGGGGAUCACCUUGGGGUGUGGCCUUUGUUCAAGUACUGCUUUUCUUUCUCAUAUCGUAUCAGCCUUCUUUCCUUGGCCUUCUUUUCUAGGUCAAUGUCUCUCUGUUCAGAAGGCAAGUAUGAAUAACAUAAUGUUGGCUUCUAUCUGAUAAGCUGAAAUAUUAUGUAAUUCCUAUUACCAUGCGUGUUAAAUAGUCAGUAAUUAAUCUUUCAAGGAGUAUGCUGAGUACUUUAUAAAUAGCAGGAGCUUACCAUGAAUAGUUACCUUACUUACCUAAGAGCUAUUUUGUCAAAUUUUAGUUUCAGCUUGAUACUUCUUCAGCUAGGAAACUAGGCAGUAGUAAAACACUUCUAAAGUUUCAAUAUUUCGGAGUACUAUAAAACUUCGGAAACGUAGAACUUUUAUUUAGAGCUUGAUUAGGCUCUCUCUUUCAUUGCUGCAGUCAGCAAUCUGCAUAUAGAGUUUGUUACAAUUUCUGGUGACCUUUAAUGGGUUGGGUCCUGACCAUCCGUACUGCUCUGGGGGGCCUGCUUUAACUUAGUGCACUGCUUAUGGCCAAAAGUCACGUGCUGCUGACACCUCUGACACGUGUUGAAAGCAACACUUGUCAUAAUGGUGCUGAACUGUAUUGUACUGUCUAUUAAAUAUUGGGCGAGCUUUACUUAGUCCCUAAUCAAUAUCUUAUUUUUUCUCAAGUGAGAUGUUGAUGUUACAAUAGUAUAGUUGUUAGAAUAAGAGUACUCUUGCACUUUCUUCUUUUGGAGAAGUGGAGGGGCUAAGGCCUUAAGGGGUGAUCUAGUCGCGCUUAAACUAUUUUUCAAUAAAAAUGACACUUACUCUUUUAAAAAUGAGCUGAAAUGAAUUGAAAUCGUAUAGAUUUAUGAGUGAUUAAUUCAUUGACCAAAAAAAAAAACACAAGGGUGAUUAAUUCUUCUAUCCCCUUGUAGAAACGUCUUACCCUACGUCCCCAUCCAUCUCCAAACCAGCGUUUACUUUACUUGAGAACUUGUCACUCCUUGCAGAUUUUUAGCAAAUAUUCCUAAACAGAAAUGGACAUUUAGACAAAGAAAAUGCUACU